AUGCCUUUUCCAAAACACAGUACAUCAUUAAAAGUGAAUGCACCAGAAUUCAUUGAUCAUCUUUUAAAUGUAGCGCUGAAUGAGGAACCAAUUUAUAUCGUUGUAGCAUCUAUCCCAUGUGAACGCUUAUGGCCGUGGUUGGGACUGGCACUAAACACACACCCACAUCAAUUUGGGCCAUAUAAAGAUUGGGUGAUGAAAUACUUUAGUCCAGUAUAUGCUGGUUAUCAUAAAUUUGAAGACAUUGCCAAUGCUGGUUACGUUAAAGGCAAAAUAAACAAGGAUAAAGCACUGCAGAUUUACACAAAAUCAAUGGAUGGAGAGGCUGUUUUUUUCAAUUCUAUACCAGUUUGA